AUUCUGUGAGUUGCUCUCAGACCAGAAUUCUGCACUUGUGCUGAAGCAAUUUUCUUCACACUCUGCCCACAUCUCAAUCAGGAAACUACUACAGUCUUGACUCAGAAACUACCAUGACAUCCAACAUCACUGCACACAAAAAACUGGAUACAUCUGUUCUUCCUCCUGUGCUAAUUGUUGAGUUUCUACUUGGUCUGCCUGGCAAUAUCAUGGCAUUAUGGGUUUUUGCCAAAAAUAUGAAUUCUUGGAGGGUCAACGUCAUGUUCCUCUUCAACCUUGUGCUGUCUGAUGUCCUGCUCCUCUUGAGUCUACCCUUACGCAUUGACAACUAUUUACGUGAUGAUACGUGGAUAUUCGGCGAUGCCUGGUGUCGGAUAAAUCUGUUCAUGCUGGCCGUCAACCGCUCAGCCAGCAUUGCCUUCAUGACUGCCGUAGCUUUUGACCGCUAUUUUAAAGUGGUCCAUCCGCAUCACGUUAUCAAUUUCAUCACUUUAAAGCAAGCAGCCUGGAUUGCCUGCUUCAUCUGGGGGGUUGUGAUAGCCCUGAGGACCCCUUUACUGGCCAACAACCUCCUAAGCAACACUUCAGUUUGCAGAAGUUUCGGUUAUGAGAAACCUUCACUGGGUAUCCGCCUGCAUUAUGCUGUGUUUAUCUUUGAGUUUUUCGUGCCUCUAAUACUUCUGGUCUUUUGCUCUGUGCGCAUCGCCUGCAAGCUGCGUUCUCUACGGAUGAACAAAGGCAAGAAGGGAAAAAAAGCUAUUCGGAUCGUCCUGGUUAUCGUUGGGGUUUUCAUUUGUUGUUUCUUCCCCACCGUUGCCACAGGGUUGUAUGGCCUUUAUUUAAAAUCAAUUGGAAAAAAUGUUAUCAGUCAAGAGAAGCCAUUUUCUCAGUGGUUUCAAACCUCCUUAGCAUUCACCUAUCUGAACAGCGCUCUGGAUCCGGUCAUCUAUUGCUUCUCCAGUUCAAUAUUUUUCAAUUAUUUGAAAAGCCGGACUUGCUUCUUAUAGCUAGAACUCAGCAGACGGGGCAGCAUGGAAAACUGAAAUGACUGAGAAGAUACAGUUGGAUUGGACAGGAAAGAUAUUCAAUGUUGACUAAGUGUCUAAAAUGUACAGAUAUACUCAAGGGUGAUAUGUGCCAUUUUAUCAGUAUAAAAAUACUUCCUCAUAUCCCAGUUUAAAAAUCAGAGACCAUUUUUAAGAGCUGUUCACAUCAUAGUGAUAACGAUAGGCUAACUAGAACUACAAAAAUAUAGUUUUUAAAAUCUUUAUAUUAAAGAGAACAGUGGAGUUCACACCACAACUAUAACGAUAAAGAUUAAGCAUUUUACUUCUCAUAUGUAAAUAUUGUUAUUGUCUGUAACUGUUGU